AUGUUAGCCACAGACCAACAGGCUGCCGCCAGUUUUUGGUCAUCAGAUAUAGGAGCGAAUAUUCCAGAUCAUACGGAUCUGUUUUCGUCAACACAUGGGGUCGUUCAGACUCACCCCAGCUUGGGGGCCACUGGAGGGAUUGGGGGCCAGAAGACGUCUGGUUCAACGUAUAGACACUUAGACUAUAGGACGUCAUCGACAGCAGAACUACGAAACAACCCCUCACUGUCGCACCCCAACGAAUGUGCGAGAGCGUGUAGGGAAGGAGAACCGCCUAAAAUAUGUUACUAUCACUUCACGUUAGAGUUCUACACGGUGCUCGGGGCGUAA